AUGCCUUCUAAGGUCUCCUGCUUAUACUUGUUGACGGUGGUUUGCUGGGCCAGCGCUCUGUGGUACCUGAGUGUGUCCCGCCCCUCCACUUCCUACGUGGGCCAGCUCAAUAUCCCCAUGCGUAAGACGCCCAAGGUGAACAAGAACGCCACCUUCAGCAACAUCCGCACGCGCUCACUCAACCCGCACGACUUCGGCUACCUCAUCAACGAGGCCAAGAAGUGCGAAGCUGAGCCGCCCUUCCUCGUCAUUCUGAUCAGCACCACCCACAAGGAGUUUGAUGCCCGCCAGGCCAUCAGAGAGACAUGGGGGGACGAGAGCACGUUCCCGGACGUGCGCGUGGUCACGCUCUUCCUGCUGGGCCGCAGCACCGACGCCGUCCUCAACCAGAUGGUGGAGCAGGAGAGUCAGAUCUUUCACGACAUCGUGGUGGAGGAUUUCAUCGACUCCUACCACAACCUGACGCUGAAGACGCUGAUGGGCAUGCGCUGGGUGGCCACCUUCUGCCCCAAGGCUCAGUAUGUCCUCAAGACGGACAGUGACAUCUUCGUCAACAUGGAGAACCUCAUCUACAACCUGCUGAAGCCCACCACCAAGCCCAGGAGGAGGUACUUCACCGGCUACGUGAUCAACGGCGGGCCGAUCAGAGACAUGCGCAGCAAGUGGUACAUGCCCAGGGACCUGUACCCGGAGAGCAAGUACCCGCCCUUCUGCUCCGGCACCGGCUACAUCUUCUCCGCAGACGUGGCUGAGCUCAUAUACAAGACGUCCCUACACACCAGGCUGCUGCACCUGGAGGACGUGUACGUGGGCGUGUGCCUCCGGAAGCUGGGCAUCCACCCCUUCCAGAACAGCGGCUUUAACCACUGGAAGAUGGCCUACAGCCUCUGCCGCUACCGCCGGGUGGUCACCGUCCACCAGAUCUCUCCCGAGGAGAUGCACCGCAUCUGGAACGACAUGACCAGCAAGAAACACCUUAAAUGUUAG